AUGACAACCGCAGAUCCGCAGCAAAGACAGUUUGCGCUGUUCCAUAAGUUUCGCACUGAAGUGCGACCACCGCUGAUAUUACGACGAGAUGAGCGAAUUCGAUCAGUGACGUGCUCAUUUGAAGAGAUUAUCGAAUCAGAAGAGGAGGAGGAUAACCAGCCUCGCGAACGAGCUUCACCCGAAGGACGUUCACCAUUUGCGGUCAUUGGUGAAUCGCCGUUUGCCGAACGACGCGCAGCCUCUCCGCAGAACCGUAGUCCCUAUGCGAGAAAACUUGUUGUACCUCGACUAUGUCGUAGAUUUCCGGAUCCGGACCUACGUUGCCGACAAGCACCAACCAUGCUUGGAUCGCUAAGUCGACAUGAUGCUGUGUCGGAUUUGUUGACCCUUCCACCGAUCCCAGAGGCAGCCCCAUUGUGAUUUGGUCAAGUGAAAAAAAAAACGAUUUUGAAGAGAUCCAUCAGUAAACCGGAGCAUAAUCGAUUUAUCACUUCAUUCGCUUGAAUGUCAGCUGAAGUAUCAGAUGCUAAUACUGGAUGAUCACAUUUUUUCUCUAUGAGAAAAUCAAGUUACUUCUAGACAUAAGGUAGAAUGCCUUUUGAUCAUUGCUCGUGACGAACUUUUCUGCUGUACUUCUUCUAGUCUAUUUUGUCGAUCAGCCCAUCAAUGAGCAACGAAUUCUUUACCUCUUCGAUCUCUUUUUAUUCUUAUGUCAUAAUUUCUGCACAUC